CAACAACAACAACAAAAAACAUAGUAACCUUAGAAUUAACGUCUUUACAGGUCAUAAAGUCACUUCUAGACCUUAAGUUUUAGCUGAAAAAAUGGCCUUCAUCUGAUGUUUCCCCCAUGCUUGGCGGGCUAGAUUCUCUCUCAAUCGUCAGUAGGACCAUAUUCGUUCUGAAGUAGUGGCGCGUCCUUCUAUUUUUGUCACCACUUGGGCCUCUCAACUUUUUUUUCCACCCACAGUCUUCAGAGAUCUUCAACCUCCCAUUAACAUUAAAGUCGAUUCUAGGUGACGCGACACCAGUCUCUGGGAACAAUGACUCUAGGGGCCAAAAGACCUCGCCUCAACUUGAGGCAGGGCCUCGACCGCGAUGUAUACAUGGUUAUGAAGAAGCUCGAGGAUGCGAAUGACGGCAAGCCCUUCAAGACCACAACAGCUGUCUACGAAGCUAUCAAGAGGUCAAAUUCCAGCCUUAGCCGACAGAAGAAACGCCCUCUCGAAGAUUCAAUCGACCGUGUACUUCAGUUUCGCAAGGAAGAGCUAGGCGAUUCAAGCGACUCCGAAGCUGAUCUCGAAGAACCGCCCAAGCCCGACGACGACCGUUUCCUUCUUAAUAGACAAAUGACGAAGCACUGGCAUCAGAACACGACAACUGCUACGACUGCAGAUACGGCGACUCCACCCACGAGCGAAGCACCUCGCGCGAUCAAGAAGCGACGAGUGCAGGAAGAUGGUGAAGAGCGAGCAAAGGAUGGUGCGAUCACACCCAAGGGUGCUUUGACGGAUACAGAUGCUGCACCUGCGGAAAAGCAAGACAAAACACCUCUGAAGAAGACGCAAAAGUCGAGCCGCCACAAGGUCGAGCAUCCUUCCAACUCGAUACAGAUCGGAGGCGUGGCCGAAAUCUAUACAGAGCUCUGCAAACAAACGCACUACGUUUUGAAAUGGCCAGAACUAUUCGCCGUCAACCGCUGGCGAAAGGUCCCUGGAAUCCUGCUCUCUGGUCCGCCUGGAAUCGGCAAGAAGUCGCUAAUUAGAUUCCUUGCUUCGAAAAUCGACGUGCCGAUUGUGUCUCUUACAGGCUGCUUUGAAGAACCAGAGCGUCUGGAGAGGAGUUUGAACGAUGCCAUUGAAGAAGCCAUGAAAAUAGCCCCAUGCAUCAUCCUCAUCGAGCAGCUCGACUGGUACAUGUCGAAACCUGAAGGUAGCAGCCAUAGCGAGGGCCAUCGCCGCAACGUGAUCCAAUUCAUGCGACAGAUGCGAAGAAUCGAGACAGAACACGACAAGGACAGGCAUAUUCUUGCCAUGGCGACAACAUCGCGAAUCACAGAUGUCGAUCCCGCAGUUCUCAAAACUGGACUUUUCGAACGUACACUCCAGAUGAGGAUACCAGACCUUGGGGCUCGUCAGGAUAUUCUCAAGCUCGUCACCAGAGACAAGGACCUAUCAGAGACUGUCGACUUCGCAGAGCUGGCCAAGAUUACACAUGGUUUCGUCGGCGCUGACAUUAUCAACGUCGUGACGCUCGCACAGCAACUUGCAUCUGAACGCCAUAUGGAUGUUGGCCAAUAUCCCAAACACCUUGAACUCCCGUUCCCAAUAUCAUCUGACCUACCCGACCUUAUGGAACUCGCAGACGAACAACCUCUUAGUCUUUUACCCGAGCCUCCAAAUACGCCCUUGGCCCAAGAAGAUUUCAAAAAGGCUAUCAAAGACUUUACCCCCUUGCUGCGAAAAGAGGGCUUCACCGUCAUCCCCAAUAUAUCUUGGGACCAAGUCGGUGCUCUCCAAGCCGCCCGCGACCAACUCAACAUGUCAAUCAUCGGGCCCAUCAAAGACCCCGAGCUUUACCGUCGUGCUGGUCUUUCUCGCCCGGCAGGCUGCCUUCUCUGGGGUCCUCCCGGAUGCGGUAAGACCCUCGUCGCUCAAGCUGUUGCCAAUGAAGCGCAAGCCAGCUUCAUCCUCAUCAACGGACCGGAACUCCUCAAUAAGUACGUCGGUGAAUCAGAGCGCGCAGUACGCGAGCUUUUCAACCGCGCACGCUCCUCAACACCCUGCAUCCUCUUCUUCGACGAGAUGGAUUCCCUCGUCCCCAAGCGUGAUAACGCUUCUACAGAGGCAGGCACUCGUGUUGUCAACGCUCUCCUCACGGAGCUCGAUGGUGUUCAAGAUCGCACAGGUGUGUAUGUCAUCGGCACAACUAAUCGACCUGAUAUGAUUGAUCCGGCUAUGCUUCGACCCGGCCGCCUGAAUGUGCGCCUCUUCAUCGAUCUGCCCACCCCUGACGAAAGGGUCGAUAUCCUACGAGCCAUCUAUCGCACAAACCACCCUGACGCAACAGCCGAGGAAUUCGAGCGUCUCGAGCCUGUUGCUCGGGAUAGCCGUUGCACCGACUUCAGUGGUGCUGAUCUAGGUGGAUUGCAUGUGAAGGCUGCCGAAAGUGCUCUUCGGCGAUGCCUUCAGGGGACUAAGACUGGAACUGGGGAAAUUGAUGCCGUUGAUUGGGAAUAUGCCCUCUCGACAAGCAAUAGAAGCGUGCAAAAUCCUGAGACGUACCGAAAGCUCGAGGCUAAGUUAGGGAAGUCCUAGAUAAUUUUUAUGAUGAUACUAGAGUA